UUCCCCUGCUGACACAAUACUGCAGACACGUACCCAUCCUGUUUUUAGCCAGUUUAAGCUUGCACUUAAAAAACAAGGCUUUGACAUUUGCUACCUACAUAAGCACACUUUACACACUUUUAAUGUCAUCUUGACAAAAACUCUGCUCGCCGAUUCAAAUCGCUGGAAGUUGACCAUGGCGGCUGCCACGAGCAGCAAUACAUCCACAACCACGAUACAGAUCAAACAUUCCAGUAUCGAGCAUACGCGGAAACGCAUAGACCCUCGGAGGAGACAAGCCGCACUCUCUUUUCUCAGUAACAUUUCUUUGGAUGGUCGACCGGUGCAAGAUGAUGCCGACAAUCAUUUCGAAGAGGAUAAUUCAAUUGAGGAGAGGACUAGACAGAGCCUGGUUUCUGCAGCAGAGCGUCCCCUGUACGCGGCUGGCGGUGGCGCUGGAGGAGCGACCCCCACGGCCGCCCAGGCGCUCGCUAUUGCAAACCAGGCUCUGAUUGCUAACGCCCGAGACAGUUUUGGGAUUGAUCCCGCCGCUACAGCUCAAGCGUGUACAGAUCCGGAAGGGGAUGUUUUCGGCCCUUCGAUUUUCAGUUCGCCUUUCUCUGCAGUACCAGCCGCGAUUAGAGGCAGGCUUCAGACCUACACUCAGGGAGUUGUGCCUGCUGCCUUCUCUAGGCAGACUUCCCAGGGCUUCUGUUUGGAGGGAGGACAGAUAGCCAACUCUGUCCUGGAGCUGCAGAGAUCAAGACGGAGGCUCAUCUCUCAGCGUUCCUCCUUGGAGACACUGGAAGACAUUGAGGAGAACGCUCCUCUACGCAGAUGCAGAACCCUCUCAGGUUCACCCCGACCAAAGAGCUUCAAAAAGGUCCACUUCAUCAAGAACAUGAGGCAACAUGAUAUGCGCAAUGGAAGGAUAGUCCUAAUCAGUGGCAGAAGAUCCUUGUAUAGUGUAUUUUCUGUCCUGCCCUAUCGAGAUUGUAGCCAAGCAGGGGAUGUGAAACUGGAAGGCGGGCGGCAGCGGCACCCCUCGGGCGGGGUCAGUGCCAAGGAGAUGGUGAUCGGGCUGGAGGGAGUGGAGCUGGGGGCGGAUGGAAAGACUGUGUCGUACACCCAGUUCCUGUACCCCACCAACGCCCUGGGCAGCGGACGCAGGAACACCAUCGACUCCACGUCAUCCUUCUCUCAGUCUCGUAACGCCAGCCACCGCAGCCUCAGCCUUGGCCGGGCCAACAGCAACCAGAGCAGCAUCGACACAGGGAAUGAUCUGGGGGACUUGAUCCGGGAGUAUGACCCCAGUCUGUUGGAAGAUCCCCAGUGGCCGUGUGGGAAGCACAAGAGAGUCCUCAUCUUCCCCUCCUACAUGACUACAGUCAUAGAGUACGUCAAGCCUUCUGACCUCAAGAAGGACAUGAACGAGACGUUCAAGGAGAAGUUCCCCCACAUACGGCUGACCCUCAGCAAAAUCAGGAGUCUGAAGAGAGAGAUCCGUAAGUUGGCCCAGGAAGAGUGUGGCUAUGAGGAACCCACCGUAGCCAUGGCCUUCGUCUACUUUGAGAAGCUGGUCCUCCAGGGGAAACUCAACAAGCAGAACCGCAAACUCUGCGCCGGCGCCUGCGUCCUGCUCGCCGCCAAGAUCGGCGGAGACCUCAAGAAGCACGAGGUCAAGCAGCUCAUAGACAAACUGGAGGAGAGGUUUCGUGUGAACAGGAGGGAGCUGAUAGCCUUUGAGUUCCCUGUGCUGGUGGCCCUGGAGUUCAACCUGUACCUGCCUGAGCACGAGGUCAUGCCCCACUACAGACGCCUCGUCCAGACCUCCUAGCAUUAGUGACCCGUCAGGAGGAGCACCUACACCACGACCUCCUGAUCCAGGACCAGAAUCUACACAACGCCCUCCUCCCCACCCCACAUCCCACCACUGGGUGCCACGACCAGGUCUCCUCCCUGCAGCCCGGGGAUCCAUUAUGGACCAUGAUGUUGGAGCUCCACGACGCUCUACUGCAGGUCACAUUCAUAUGGACAUUUUCAGAUCGAGACUUGAAAGCAGCCAAAGUGACAUAUUUCCAUACACGUAUUCUUACUUCAACAUUUUUCUCAGACUUUUAGUCGUACAUUCGACACUAGCUACAUCUUCAAAAGACUUAUGAAAGGGAGAAUCCGAUCUUCCUCCACUUUGUUGAUAUUUUUUAGAGUUUGUAUGUUUUUCAAUCUCUUUUUACAUCCUGCUUUACUUUUUCUUUGAGGUUUCAUGUUGUCUUUCUAGUUAAAGAGCAUUGCAAGAUGAAACAGUAUUUUUUUGUCAAAGCAAAUGAUUGUUUUGUGAUUGUUACAUUUUUCACUAUCAUCUUUUUUUUUGAGAGAGAGAGAGAGAGAAUUGAUUUCCUUGGUCCCUCGUUCCUAUGUUGAACUUGGUAACCCAAAGUUGGCUAAAGUUGUUCAUAACUAUUUCCUAAUCAUUCCUUGGCAUGUUUUGGUUGCCUUAUGAUCAUCAUAAGAAUGAAUUGUGCUUCAGAUUUUGACAGGAUUGUUAUCAAAGUGACUCUGUGCUUUUUGAAAGACGUAUUCCAGUCUCCUCACUAGAAGUGUACUUUUGAAUAAUGCAGACAUGGAUGGCGGUGAUUUUCUGAGACUGACUUGCGAUGAAACAAAUGGAUUCUGAUCAAGUUCAGUUGACUCAAACCACAUAAGGGCAAGUUGAUGUAAAUUAUUCUCCAUUUAUUUUCUCAUCCAUUUUCCUUUUUCUGUUUUCUAGCCACCAAUCCCACUAUCAGCAUGACAAUUUAUCAAAAACGUUUAGAUUGCAAAAUACACAGAUUUAAAUACUGUAUUUUAUUCAGUACAUUUAAGUACUCUUCUUGUUUUCUACCUGUGGAGUGCUUGCUUUGGACAUUCGGUGACGGGGCCUACUCUCCACACCUCUGAUUUAGAGGGGUUGGGUUAAAUGCGGAAGGCACAUUUCAGUUGAAUGCAUUCAGUUGUACAACUGACUAGGUAUCCCCCUUUCCCUUUCUUAUCAGUGUGUAGUCUCCUGUGCUCUAUGUUAGAGUGUGUUAUCGGUGCGUUUCUCGUGCUAUACUAGAGUGGGUGGAAAGGUAUUGGAAGCAAGGUAUGAUGAUGCCAAUGAUACAGGUCUGAUAUUGAAACUGAACGUCAUAAUCACAAUAUCUGUCAUGACCACACCAAGUGUUUAUAUGGCAUGGUUUCGGUCAUGACCGGACCAAGUGUUUAUAUGGCAUGGUUUCGGUCAUGACCGGACCAAGUGUUUAUAUGGCAUGGUAAUUGUCAUGACCACACCAAGUGUUUGAAUGGCAUGUUAUCUGUCAUGACCACACCAAGUGUUUAUAUGGCGUGGUAUCUGUCAUGAUCGCAAUAUUGUUGUGCCACCAAUCUUUUAUGACGAGUGGUUCAAGCUCGAAGAUCACCUUUGGAAUGGUAUGCUAAUGCUAUUGUUGCGACAUCAUAGCAGUAUUACGAAGAGUUUCUCUUGAAAAACUGAAAAGUAUUGUUUAUUUUAUUAGAUUCAACUUUUGUCUUUUGAACACUACUUUGAUUGGAUCUACAGAAAUCAAACAUAGACGUUAUAGAAAUUAGCUUUUUGCUACAUGCACAUUUCCAUGUCUGAUGAGAAAGUUUAGGAUGCUGAAAAUCCUUUUGUCAUGCACCUCAGACAGCCACGCCCUCAAAUUGCAAAGCUUAUUAAAUUACCCUUUUCAAAUGUGUGUAGCUGUAAUAUUGACCUGUAAUGUUGGGCAUAUAGUCUCUCAAUCUGAAAUGAACUAUAGAAACUUUGAUACAACAACGUAGGUUGAUACUGAACUAUGUCACUGAGAAACAUGGAUACAUUGUAAAAGUAAACAAUGUCUGAAUUGCCAUGAGUUUGAUUCAGGCCUUUUGUAUACAACACAUUGUUUAAUUGAGUGGUGUAUAAAAGGGUUGUAUAAAAAAGUGUUAUUUGACUUUAAACUGAUCGCUGUGAUUGAGUAAUCAGAAAAGAUGGAUAGUGCUGAAAUCGGGGUGAAAUACUUUUGGGAGAAGUUCUGCUUCCAUUUGUAAGCCCAAAGGUUUUGCCAUAGGAUGCCCACUUUUAGGCUUUGCCAGAAAGCACGCAAAUACACGUGCAUAUGAUUGUAAAUUUACUGCUUUGCUUGUUCAAUAAAAACAAGAUUCCUGAAA